GCGAAUUUCUCAGAGAAGGAAAAGAAACGUGAGUUAUACAACUGACUAGCUACAACGAAGGAAUAUUGGGACACUUAACACAAGAAACCCCACCAUUCAACGUCACCUCUGGGAAAUGUAUUUUAAGUGCUGUGAACACGUUACUGUACAUUAUUGUUGGGAAGUGAAGUCAGUGGACACAUCUCUUACUAGCAAAUUAUCGGAAAAGUGGCUUUUACCACUUAAUUUGCAGGAAUGAUAUAUACAUUUUUUAAUUUCUAGAAAGGAUUUUUAACCACUGUCCCAAAGAUAUGUGCCCUCUAUUACACAUAUCUUAGAAAAGCAGGCACACCAAGUGGCCUAAUGCUUUACUGUCAAAUUAUAAAGGCAAAAAAAUUUAAAUUUGUUGUACAAUUUUUGAAGAAUUGGGGCGCUAAUUAACCACUCCGAGAGCGAAGCCUCUUUUUUUUCUUCUUGGGUGAGGAGGAGGAGGCGGCUCUGACCGAAUCGUUUCUAACCUUUAAAUUCGACGAAGCCUAUGAUUCUCGAUUAGUCAAUCUUGUUCUUUAUCGUCAGACUGAAUUUCUGAGUGCAGGCAUCUGUUACUUGAUAAAUUGAUGAUUAUAGCUGAGCUCGCUGUACCUGGCACACGGCAUUUAGGCCUGGGUCUAAAGCUGUUUCCGAGCAAUAAGCAUGCAUACUCAACAAAUAUUUUGCUCAAUUCAUUCAGAGUCUUUCUCAAGUACGCCAAAAUCGAGGAAAUGAAAGAAAGUCUUCGCUAGCAGGGUGCUAAUUUACCUGCUUUCAUCAUUGCCACACGAUUUAUUUUAAUAUACACCAUGGUAAUUAAAGAUGAUUAGGGGUAAAAAGAACAGAAGAUUUUACAUACACUUUUUGCUUUUUGCUGUUGCUUAAUCAACUAAUCUCAAGUGUUUUGUGUGUGAGAGUGUUUGAAAUAACUUCCUGUGUACUUUGAAUCAGAUUUUCGAGAGGCAUUCGAACUUUUUGAUCAUGACGGCAGCGGUUUCAUAACCACUGACGAGAUUGGAGUUGUCAUGAGGAGACUGGGACAGAAUCCUUCUCCCCAGGAAGUGGAAGACAUGAUAAGAGAUGUUGAUGCUGAUGGUGAGCAUGCGCAUUCUUAAGCUAGGCUAAGGCUCCUUUCAAACGUCGUGCUACUGCCGUGUUGAACUCAAAUGAAUUUGACCCGGUAGUUGCACGGCAAAAGCACGGGAGUGGUUUCAAACGUCAAAUAUAAUUCAGUCGCGCCAAAUUCAAAAUAAAGAAAACGUCAAAACAAACGUUCCAUCCAGCGCCCACGGUCAGCUACAGUAUGCGCAGUCAGGCGCAGUAGAGUCAAAACACACUUAAACAUAUCCAUUUUCAUAACUUAUGAAUUGAGUUCGGCCCGGCAAACGCGCGACGUUUGAAACCGAGCCGUGCCACUACCGUGUAGGACGGCAGACCCUGUCGAAUUUCAUUGCUGUGUCGAACUAAAUUCAAGUUUCUGAACUUAAUGAUUUCAAACGUCGUUCCACUACCGUGCCAAAGUCGAAUUAAUUCUAUCAAAUGAGUUCUGCACGGCAGUAGCACGACGUUUCAAACAGGCCUUAGUCCACAAGGGAGUCUGUUCAAGUUUUCAGUUCACACUUGAACGAUGUAACGAUGAACGUGAAACAGUGCAGUGGUCAAGGGGUCUUAAGCCACUUAACUCAGUUGGAAAAUCGAAAGGCAAACGUAUGCGAUUACGGGUGUCGACAUUACCGAAGUAAAGCCGAUUAAUGUCGCAAUUUAUAUUUGAUUGUAAGGGCGCUUACUAACCGCCCUGAAGUCCAAUAGGCCAAUUUCGAGUUCCAAAAACCCUCGCUUUCAAAAUGAGGCUAAAUGCACAACCUUUCUCGAGAAAAUAAGUUACGUUUGCUUGAGAAUGAAGAAUCACUUUCAUAUCAAAGGCUGAGCACCUAACCUCGUUUUGAUACAAAGGCCCAAGGGAACUCGGAAAUGACCUAUUGUAGAGAGAAUCCCUCCUCUUGAAUAGUACACAAAAUAUUGCAACCAUUUUGGAAUACUCAGGCAGUGCCGCCCUCUGAUUCCAUGGCCGUUUUCUGACCCUAGCUUAGCUCACCAUUGUAAUUCCAUUUUCAGGUAGUGGACACAUAGACUUCAAUGAGUUCCUGGUCAUGAUGUCCCAGACAAAACAAAAGAGUGGAGAGCUGGAACUUCGCCAGGCCUUCCGUCUUUUUGACGCAGAUAAUGAUGGGUUUAUAACAUUUGAUGACCUGAAGAGGGUGAUGCGUAACUGUGGAGAGAACCUGAGUGAUUCCGAGCUUAAACAUAUGUUCACCAAGGCAGAUGUCAAUAAUGAUAACCGGGUUGACAUGAAAGGUAAAUGGCUACUGGUCACGUCUUGUGCAUGCAGUCAUUUAAGGCUGAAACAUGGGCUCCCGGCUGAAAUAAACAAAACACCCCCGCCCCGCCCCGCCCCAAUCUCCAUGUUGAAUCCAAAGGGUCAAUCCCGGAUGGCUUGCUAGCCUGGUAGACCUUGUGACGUGACCGCUUUGAAAGAUAUUCUAUGUAAAACCUUUUCUUUUUGUUUUCCGUGUAAGUUCUGCCAGCCAACGUUCUUUAAGCUGAUCGAGUCCCAUUAAACAAGAUUUAAGGAUACAAUUUAAGAAAAUAAGCGAAGUUUCCGAAGGUAAAAAACCCGAACUUUUGGCGCCUAGAAGUAACGGGCGCAAGAAAGAACGGGGCGCGCGAGGGAGACACGCGAUGGGAGAUGGAGCGCCUGCCUGAGAGGCCCAUGAAAAUCGUUUUUACUCGCUUUUUGAGUGUGCAGAAAAUUCCUUUGGUUAAGAGACUGCCGAGGGGAUAAAUUUUCGCGUUGGGCGAAAACCUUCACCUCGCACGUCUUCCUCGCGCGCCCCGUUGUUUCUUGCACUUAUUUCUUCCAUUUGUUUCUACAUAUCAUAAUUGUAAGCAUGUUUUACGACGUAGAACGGUAAAUAGUAAUGGUAUAACCUUUGUUUUGUUUGUUUUAUGCCCUUGCAGAGUUCACAAGAAUUGUCAGCAGUGACUAGAUGGAGUUAGCCUUCGUUACUUUUCAAUGAAGGCGAAUUAUUUUUUUCUACUCACCUCAAGUGAAUUGUUGUAGAUUAUUAUUCAAGUGGAAGCAUGCAUCGUCUUUUCCUAUUUGUCGUAUUUUUGCUGUCAAUCGACAUUAAGUCGUCAUUUUAGUUUUUUUGUCCCACGCCCCCAUACAAUAAUCAUUAUGGUUCCAAUAAAUAAAGGUUUGUUCAACUUGGGAUGAUAUCCUUUUGUUGAAGUCAUUCUCGGCGUCAUAAAGGAAUAAAAGUCGCCAAGAGUCCCACUGUGGCUCUUGCAGUCACUAAUGAAAGAAAUCGUUUGUAAAUCUAAUCAAAUAAUGCAUUCUGUUGCGCCAACCCUGACCCCCCCCCACUCCCAACCCCAACCCCCUUACCCGCCGUCAAAUGAAGACAUUAGGGGCUUUAACAUCCGAAGACGCGGACGGCAACGAGAACGUCAAAAAAAAGGUUUUAUGAGUAAAACAACAACUUUACACGUUCAUCGCGCUUUUUUGUAUAUUCCUUUGCCCAUUUUUGCACGACUACGACGUGAAAAUACGUAAUUUCGCGUUUUAUGGAGGACAUAAACAGGCAACGAAGAAAUUUUAUUUCUCUUUUUGAACUUGGAUAUGGUCCCUAGGAAUUCAAUUUCAGGAGGAUUCGCCUAUAUUUGACAAAGUAAGUUUGUAGGAAUAAUGCAAUAAAGACUAAAAGAAAGCAAUUUCCCUUUCUAAGCGAAGUUCUCGUUUCCCUCGCGUCGUUGGAUCUUAAAGCCUAUUGUAGCCGGCCUGUCACUAUCGUACGACUCUAAAACAUUCAAAAGUAGUGUUAUUUGCUAGUAGUCUUGGACACUAUACACCCGUUUGUAAAUUUAUUCGCAAGACAACCGGAAGUAGUUUUAGACUAUUAUUUUUUUUAAGUGUUACCGGAACUUUUUAUUAGAUUUAAUUAAUGCAAGUUUUUUCUUUUUUUUUAUUGCCUAGUCUUGGUUUGCUUGUUUCCAUAAAAUUGCAAAUUAGAAGGAUCUUUUCUUUUUAUAUCUUUAUAUUUAUUAUCAUUAUUAUUUAAUAGCUGUUUCUAAUUACAUGACUGAGAUCGAUUGCCAUUUAUAUCAAGCUGUCACUUGGUGACAGUUGUGAUGUUCAAUUUCUUUUCAACCUUCACGUUCUUGCAAUCAAGGCUAUUAACAGACACUGAUUCAUUUACGCCUUUGAUACACACAGUACCUUCUCCAAUAUGGUAAGUCUAUACGCACUUGUUAAACAAUAGCCAUUGCUCUUCAGUACGGUACUGGUUUUUUCGCUUCUGAGUUCAAUUUUGCCCCACUUUGAAUUGCAUAUUUGGAAGGCAAUCUGUGAUGGCUUUCGCUCAAAGAAAGUAGUCUUACAUUCUGUCGGUUCUGCUAUUAUUGCACAACGAAUAAUUAAAGGGGUCUCCAACAUCGAAGUUUUCGCAUUUUUUCGUCCAAAGACAUAAACAAAGCCUUUCCUUCCUUCUGAGAAUAAAACGAUGUUGCUUAUCUCCAAGUCGUGUUUCAAAAUGCUUGGGCAAAUGAAUUUUGAGAAAUGCAAUACAUAAGGGCUUUUUUGAAAGCGUCACUUUUUCUAUUUCUCUCUCUCUCGGUUUCACAACUAAGUGCGGGUUUAAUAGUAUAGGAACGCUCUCUUUAAAGUGGUAUAAAUAUCGCUUAAAUCUUCAUGUGUUUUAAGUUCGGUCAGAGGUUAUUCGGAACUGAGAUCCAGCGAGCCAAAGAGGUUAACAAAUAUCUGUUUAACAAAAAUGGCCAUUGAUGUAGAUCAUAACACUAAAUAAAUCUUCAAAGUUUUACAGACUGCCGAGUCAAAUUCGUAAAGUGCAUUUGCAGGUACAAACAUCAAAUCUUUGUUAUAAAAAGAGUGCGAUUCUUGUCGAAGAAUUGUCCACAAAAAUGGCUUAUUUUUAUCGCUUUACAGUGCAGUUACGAUCAUUCUGAACAUGUUCUGUCGUCCGGUUUGAAUGAUAUCUUGAGUAAAAAUCAAAAAUCCUGCCUGACCAAAACAGAUUAACUGCUUCUAAGUAUACUUUCUUGCUUUUGAUAAUCUAAAUUAGAGAUCCAUUCCACAAAAACAAAACAAAUACAAACGCGAACAUUCCGCUCGUCGCACGGGGUUUGUCCCUGUUCCACGAGCGUGACACACGCGAAGAAUUCACCUUUCGCACGAGGGCCAAAGGCAUUGACCGAACGUUGAAUUAGCCUUAAUGUUCAGGCCCCAGUUCAGUGUUCAAAAGUUGGUUAGCGCUAUCCACCGGAUAAAUCGCUAUCUAAUGGAACUAAUUGCGCUACUCAGUGGAUAGUGAUUUAUCCACUGGAUAGAGCUAUCUACCUUUUGAACAACGAGGUCAGGUGUGGAAACUGUUGCACGGAAUAAAUAAGAUCCAUUACGAAAUUCCUAAUUCCAGUCUUUUCAAGUUCCCGUCCUCGCCUUACUGUCUAAAUUAAUUUACCAAUCAAUUUAUCUAGUAUCUAUUCAUCCAUCCAUCCAUCCAUCGAUCCAUCCAUCCAUCCAUCCAUCCAUCCAUCCAUCCAUCCAUCCAUCCAUCCAUCCAUCCAUCCAUCCAUCCAUCCAUCCAUCCAUCCAUCCAUCCAUCCUUCUCUAAUGAAAGAAAUCGUUUGUGAAUCUAAUCAAAUAAUGCAUUCUGUUGCGCCAACCCUGACCACCCCCGCCCCCCAACCCCCUUACCCGCCGUCAGAUGAAGGCAUAAGGGGCUUUAACAUCCGACGACGCGGACGGCAACGAGAACGUCAAAAAAAAGGUUUAUAAGUAAAACAACAACUUUACACGUUCAUCGAGCUUUUUUUGUAUAUUUCUUUACCCGUUUUUACACGACUACGACGUGAAAAUACAUAAUUUCGCGCUUUAUGGAGGACAUAAACACGCAAAGACGAAAUUUUAUUUCUCUUUUUGAACUUGGAUAUGGUCCCUAGGAAUUCAAUUUCAGGAGGAUUCGCCUAUAUUUGACAAAGUAAGUUUAUUGGAAUAAUGUAAUAAAGACUAAAAGAAAGCAAUUUCCCUUUCUAAGCGAAGUUCUCGUUUCCCUCGCGUCGUUGGAUUUUAAAGCCUAUUGUAGCCUGUCACUAUCAUACAAUUCUAGAACAUUCAAAAGCAGUGUUAUUUGCUCGUAGUCUUGGACACUAUACACCCGUUUGUAAAUUUAUUUGCAAAGACAACCGGAAGUAGUUUUAGACUAUCAUUUUUUUUAAGUGUUACCGGAUCUUUUUAUUAGAUUUAAUUAAUGCAAAUUAUUUCUUUUUUUCAUCGCCUAGUCUUGGUUUGCUUGUUUCCAUAAAAUUGCAAAUUAGAAGGAUCUUUUCUUUUUAUAUCUUUAUAUUUAUUAUCAUUAUUAUUAAUAGCUGUUUCUAAUUACAUGACUGAGAUCGAUUACCAUUUAUAUCAAGCUGUCACUUGGUGACAGUUAUGAUGUUCAAUUUCUUUUCAACCUUCACAUUCUUGCAAUCAAGGCUAUUAACAGACACUGAUUCAUUUACGCCUUUGAUACACACAGGACCUUCUUCAGUAUGGUAAGUCUACACGCACUUGUUAAACAAUAGCCAUUGCUCUUCAGUACGGUACUGGUUUUUCCGCUUCUGUGUUCAAUUUUGUCCCACUUUGAAUUGCACAUUUGGAAGGCAAUCUGUGAUGGUUUUCGUUCAAAGAAAGUAGUCUUAUAAUCUGUCGGUUCUGCUAUUAUUGCACAACGAAUAAUUAAAUGGGUCUCCAACAUCGAAGUUUUCGCAUUUUUGCUUCCAAAGACAUAAACAAAGCCUUUCCUUCCUUCCGAGAAUAAAACGAUGUUGCUUAUCUCCAGGUCGUGUCUAAAAAUGCUUGGGCAAAUGAAUUUUCAGGAACGCCAAUACGUAAGGACUUUUUUGGAAGCGUCACUUUUUCUAUUUCUCCAUCUCUCGGUUUCACAACUAAGUGCGGGUUUAAUGGUAUAGGAACGUUCUUUUUAAAGUGGUAUAAAAUAUCGAUUGAACGUUUCAUGUGUUUUAAGUUCCGUCAGAGAUUAUUCUGAACUGAGACCUAGCGAGCCAAAGAGGUUAAAAAAUAUCUGUUUAACAAAAAUGGCUAUCGAUGUAGAUCAUAACACUAAAUAAAUCUUCAAAGUUUUACAAACUGCCGAGUCAAAUUCCUUAGGUGCAUUUGCAAGUAUAAACAUCAAAUAUUUUUUAUAAAAAGAGUGCGAUUCUUGUCAAGGAAUGGUCCACAAAAAUGGCUUAUUUUCAUCGCUUUAAAGUGCAGUUACGAUCAUUCUGAACAUGUUCUGUCGUCCGGUUUGAAUGAUAUCUUGAAUAAAAAUCAAAAAUCCUGCCUGACCAAAACAGAUUAACUGCUUCUAAGUAUACUUUCUUGCUUUUGAUAAUCUAAACUAGAGAUCCAUUCCACAAAAACAAAACAAAUACAAACGCGAACAUUCCGCUCGUUGCACGGGGUUUAUCCCUGUUCCACGAGCGUGACACACGCGGAGAAUUCACCUUUCGCACGAGGGCCAAAGGCAUUGACCGGACGUUGAAUUAGCCUUAAUGUUCAGGCCCCAGUUCAGUGUUCAAAAGUUGGAUAACGCUAUCCACCGGAUAAAUCGCUAUUCAAUGGAUGGGAAACUAAUUGCGCUACUCAGUGGAUAGUGAUUUAUCCAGUGGAUAGAGCUAUCUACCUUUUGAGCAACUGAGGUCAGGUGUGGAAACUGUUGCACGGAAUAGAUAAGAUCUAUUACGAAAUUCCUAAUCCCAUUCUUUUCAAGUUCCCAGUCCUCGCCUUACUGUCUAAAUAAUAAUAAUAAUAAUAAUAAUAGUAAUAAUAAUAAUAAUAAUAAUAAUAAUAAUAAUAAUAUUUAUAGGGGGAGCCCAACUCGCCAAGGCGGUUUUCAGUGGGGCCCUCAUGCAUUAAUCUAACUAAUUAAUUAAUAAUUACGAAAAAAGUAAAAUAUGUUUACAAGUAAAACAAAUUUAAAAAUUUAAAAUCUUAAAAUCGAUUAUACAAAAAAAUAUCAAGGUUUAAAAUUAGCUGAGAUCUUUUAAAAAAGUUUUUAACUUGGAUUUAAAAAUAGAUAAAAUAUUACACUCUUUUAAAUCAUUUGGAAGGCUGUUCCAGUCUUUCGCGGCGUGAAAAAUAAAAGUUUGUUUACCCCAGUUUGUUCUGGGUAGGGGUAAGCGAAUAUCAUUAGAGCGUCUUGUAUUAUAUGAAUGAACAGCUUGACUUUUAGUAAAAUUAAAGUUGAAAUCGGUUUCUCCAAUAAGACACUUGUGGAUUGCAAUGCAGCGAUGAAAAAACCUUCUUGUGGACAGUGACUUCAAAUCUAGACUUUUCAGUGCUUCAGUUGACGAGCUUCGGGGUGGUUGCCCCAGCAUAACUUUAGCAGCUUUAUCCUGUAGAAUCUGUAAUUCUGACAUGAUGUUGUCAUUGUUUUUGUCCCCCCAUAUAACGUCUCCGUAAUCAAAAAGAGGAAGGAUUAGGGAAUUGUACAAGGCAACUCUAGCUUGUAGCGGCAAUAGAUUCCUGAUUCUCCUAAUUAGGCCUAUUCUCUGAUUAAUCUUCGUGCUGAUAGCAUCGACAUGAUCUGCCCAGGACAUAGACUGUUGAAGCGUUACGCCUAGGUAUUUGAAUGAUUGUGUUCUUUCAAUGCUAGUGCCCUCUUCUUUAACCGAAAUGCCUUGAAUACGAUUCAGUUUCUGAGGACUUUCAAAGAUAACAAAAUUACAUUUGGAUAUAUUUAGUGUCAGGAGAUUUCUAGAGAACCACUCAGACACUGUCCCCAAGUCAGCAUUGAUGUGAUGUUCAAGAUCACUGACGCUUUUGGAUGAGUAAUAGAGUACAGUAUCGUCCGCAUAAAGAAUAAUAUCGCUUGCCAGGUGACAGUCCGGAAGAUCAUUCACGUAAAUUAAAAACAAUAAAGGUCCCAAUAUACUGCCAUGGGGUACUCCAACAGGCAUUUCGGUAGAUGCAGAGUGAGCAUCUCCAACUGAUGUAAUUUGAGAUCUGUUUGUGAGGUACGAUCUAAACCACUGGGUGGUAGAGGUGGUAAGACCGAUGUUCGUCAAUUUUUGCAGCAGCAGGGGAUGAUCCACUGUAUCGAAGGCCUUAGACAGGUCCAGAAAAACAGCACCUGUAAAGGAACCAGCGUCCAUAUUCUGGAGGAUAUUGUCUGUGAAAUGAGAUAGGGCUGUUCCAGUUGAUAACUUCGGCCUGAAACCAAAUUGCUUAGAUGUAAGGAUACCAUUGUUCUUAAGAUAAGCGUACAGUUGGGUGUGCACGGCUUUUUCUAGAAUUUUACUGAUCGUUGGCAGCACAGUAAUGGGUCUGUAAUUGUUAGCAUCACAAUUAAUUUACCAAUCAAUUUAUCUAGUAUCUAUCUAUUCAUCAAUCCAUCCAUCCAUCCAUCCAUCCAUCCAUUCAUUCAUUCAUUCAUUCAUUCAUUCAUUCAUUCAUUCAUUCAUUCAUUCAUUCAUUCAUUCGUUCAUUCGUUCGUUCGUUCGUUCGUUCAUUCAUUCAUUCAUUUAUUCAAUCAUUUAUUUAUUUGUUUGUUUGUUUGUUUAUUCGGGCAAUCAAGGGGAAUGUUACGGAGAGAAGAAUUUUUUUGUUUUGUUCGUAGGCGGACAAAUUUACAGAUGAAGAAAUAUCAGGUUUGGAAGAUCAUUCUUUCAUUCAUUUAUUUAUGUAUCAUUUUAAUUCAUUGAUUUACUUUUGUUGGUUUAAGGAUGUCCAUAAAAAUUAUACAGUCAAUAAACAGAUAGAGAUAAAUAAAGAAUGAUGGUAAAUUUUCAGCUCGGUGGAGAAAUGUGAUCCUAUAUAGCAGUAUGCCGGACGUAUGUCAUACAUGAACCUUGUAUAUGGCCUAGCUUGCCACGAGUCCUUCGUAGCUCAGUGGCUAGAGCAUUCGACCAGUCGGUGCGGAAGGUCAUACGUACAAUUCCUAUCGGAAUUUCCCGUGCUCGCGACAUGUUAAUCACAUCAUUUCUCAGAUAAUGGUUGCUUUUUCACCGUCCUUUCCUUAUAGAGUACAGGGAGGCUUUUCAGCUGUUUGACAAGGAUGCUGGGGGAACAAUAAGCAUAAAAGAACUCAAGCAAGUAUUUGAAGCGUUAGGACAGAGUCCAACUGAGGCGGAAGUCCAGGAAAUGAUAUCUGGGGUCGAUAAAGACGGUACGUAUAUCCCGCUAGCAAGGAAUAUGACCCUUAAAAGUAUGAGGAAUGAUUCUGGGGUUUACUUAAAGUGAAGGCGGUACUGAUAGCCCGCCUGCAGUGGAUAUGUCUUGGGAAGUACGGGGAAUGAAUGAUAUCUGGGGUAGAUAAAUACUGUAGGUAUUAAGCUCGCUAACCAGGAGUAUUACCUUGGAAGUAUAAGGAAUGAUGGGGUGUAUAAAGGCGGUAUGGAUAGCCCGCCUGCAGGGGAAGUAAAAUACCUGGGAAGCACAGUCAAUGAAAUAUGGGGUAGCUGAGGACGAUACGUAUAGCCUACCAAGAAUGUCUACCUUGGAAGUACAGCGAAUGGUAUUUUUGCAGUGAAAUUUCGUUCCAAGCGUCUGUACGUUCUCCUACACUGGGAACUUCUUUUUCGAUUUUCAGUUUUAAAUAUAUAUAGACAAUUUAUUUAAGGGGAGGGGACAGAAAUAUCCGCACGAACUACAGACUAAAGAAAGCGACCGUAGUAAUAAAGCAACUGUGACUCAGUACCUACAGAUGAAACAAACGCAUCCCUAAGCCAGAGCUAUGAAAAUCUGAUGAAAUACAUGAUCUUCCCGAAAAGAGGUGUUUAAUCGUCUGCAUAUUUAUGUGGCAAGCAUACAAGACCCAUCGUUAUAUUGCAUGAUUAUGACCUUUACAGGAGUUCAGUAUAGGUACUUUAUACACUGAUUUAGGAACCCAUAUGGGGAGCAUGAAACCAAAUCAUGGUUUUGAGUCUGAUGUUGAAAAAAAACUGAGUAGUGGCGAUUCGUCCCUGUUGAAUCACCGUCAAUUUAUAAUUAAUUUCAUUUCACGACAUUUUAACACAAAACGACUAUACUAGUUCAGAGUAUGCCAGAUUAUGGGGAUAGGAUGUCUUAAUACAACGUCAGGAGUGACAAUGAAAUAUUUUCCAUGAAAACAGGUUAAUUAGUUUGAAAAUUAAAGGCUGCAAUAAAUACAAAGCUUCGAGACACUUUGGCGUUAAAAUGUUCUCCUUCUCAUGAAGUCUAAAGAAUAUAGGAGGCAGUAUAAUAGGGUUUGAAACCACACAUCUUCAAAACUGGGCAAGCCUUUUAGACUCGUUUCUUGAGUUGACUUUAUCAUUCAAUCACUCCUUUCCCCAGGAAGUGGUGAGAUAGAUUUCGAUGAGUUUUUGCAGUUAAUGGCCUCCAAGCAAGCCAAUAUGACGAUGGAAGACGAGUUGAGGAAUGCGUUCAAUGUAUUUGAUAAAGACGGCAGCGGUUACAUCUCGUCCGACGAACUCAAACAGGUCUAUAGUCUCUUUUAAAAAAUACGAAAUAGCACCAUAAGAAUCAUCACUAAUCAUCAUCAUCGUCAUCAUCAUCAUCAUCACAUUAUCUUCCGGCAGACGCAAUUAUGUUGGAGGAAUGACGUAAACACAACGUCUAGCAACAUUUCUUUCUCUCAGAAGUUGGAUACUGAUCUCAAUAAUUCAACUCCAGGAGGGUUCGCCUACACUUGACAGUGGAGUGAAUUGGGCUAAUACUAACCACGAUAAAGUUCAAACAACGCUAUAUCACUUAGUAAGAGGUUUUAGUAAGUUGGUGUUGUUCUUGCUUCAAGCUAUAGACGACUUAUGCCUGUGCCUAUUUUUUGCAUAUGGAGUUCCUCAAGUAAAAGCAGGGUUCUCUGUUUAGUGACGUAAGCACCUAGGACCCUCCCUGGAUGAGUUGCGAGACCAUCCUUGUCCUCAGGGUCUUUAAUCUCCAAGAGAAUGAACCCCGGGAAAAAAAACACCUUAGAAACGAAGUAUGAGGGACCAUUCCCAGCAGAACAUCGCAGGUACUGAAUUGUACACAAACCUUGCUUGAUGCAAAAUAAGUUCUUGGUCAGAGAAAAGGACUUCGGGGAGCUUCAACCCAUACCUACUAGCCACAACCUUAAUUACGACGCACAUUUUAGUAUCUGAAAAUCUGGAGGCAAAUACUCGGGUACAAAAAUAUCAUCUUUGGAAGGUUUACGUUUUCCGGUUUUAGAGGUGUCUUCAACGCAGAGCGUCGCAAUUAAUAAUAAAGUUGUGUUGUGAACUUUCAGGUUAUGACUAAUCUGGGUCAAUCGCUGACAGACGAAGAAAUUGAUGAAAUGAUGAAGGAAGCUGAUUGCGACUCGGACGGGCAAGUCAGCUUUGAAGGUAAGUGA